GCAAGGAGACCAUUCUAUCUACUCCAGUCGACGAACAUAAAAACCCGUAAUUCCAAAAUGCUAACCAAUCUGCUGCCGGCAGCUCGUUCCGGCAGUGCACCGCCGCCCUUGGCAGUAGCUAAACAUUCACUACCUUACCUCCACCGUCCUCUCUCCGCCCUCAAUUUACCCUAUUCUCUCUCAUCGUCUGCUUCGCUUUCCUUCGCAUCCUCCUCUCCCUUUUCGCUUCACCUUUAUCGAAAUCGAAUCAAAUGCCCUAAUAAGCUCGCUUCAGCUCCCAUUUCUGCGGCCUACAGUGAAGAUCCCGAAAAGGCAAAACUCGCUCAGGUUGCAAAGAGAUUAGAGACUACAUCAAGAAAUUUCAAAAGAUUGGGCAGCUUAGGGUUUUGGGGACAACUAAUAUGCACGAUUGUAUCUGCAGUAAUCCUUUCAUUUUCCAUUGUAAUCACCGGAAAAAUCACAUCACCAGCCACAUUCUAUGCCACUUCCGGUGGCAUCAUUGCUGCUUUCCUCUCAGUCUUCUGGUCAUUUGGCUACAUUCGUCUCUCUGAUAGGCUCCGCAAAACCGCCAAUGACCCUUCAAAGGCCCCACCUCGUGCUGAUGUGGUGAAAAGUUUGAAAAAUGGGAUAGCUUUGAACCUAGUGGGUAUGGGUGCUGCUAUCCUAGGGAUGCAGGCCACUGUAGGAUUCCUGGUGGCUAAGGCUCUUACUACUUCAGCUACACCAUAUUACCAAGGUACCCCUCCUGGGGUUAGCCCUGUUCUUGCAUUGGAUGUGUUCUUGGUUCAGGCGAGUGCUAACACAAUCUUGUCACAUUUCUUGGGGCUUUUGUUUUCGUUGGAGCUAUUGCGGUCAGUUACAGUGCCAGAGAACACCCCGGUUCCCAGGGCGGCUUGAGGUUUUUGUUUUUUUUCCAGGGGUAUUAUGGUAAUUUGGUUUUGGAACAAUUUGGUGGACAUUUUGUAGUGUGGUUUAAGUUAUAACUGGGAUUGUGGUGUUUUCUUCCCAUGAGUUAAAGAAAUGCAGCAAAUUGAAGGUUUAUAAAGCAUAAUAAAUUUGUAGGGUGU